CACUCCAAUAUAGCAGGAAAUCAGCUCGAUCAAAAACAGUUUCCGAAUUUACAGAUAUCUUAAUUCCGCCAGAGGAGGGACUGAGAGAAAGAGAGAAUGUCGGGGAGAGGAAAGGGAGGCAAGGGUUUGGGCAAGGGCGGAGCGAAGCGGCACAGGAAGGUGCUGCGGGACAACAUCCAGGGCAUUACCAAGCCGGCGAUUCGCCGCCUGGCUCGCCGUGGUGGCGUUAAGCGCAUCAGCGGCCUCAUCUACGAGGAGACUCGUGGUGUUUUGAAGAUUUUCCUAGAGAACGUGAUUCGUGACGCCGUCACCUAUACCGAGCACGCUCGUCGCAAGACUGUGACCGCGAUGGAUGUCGUUUACGCGCUGAAGAGGCAGGGUCGAACUCUGUACGGUUUCGGAGGAUAGGGUUUUCUAGGGCUAGGAUUGGGGGUUGUGAAAUUUGUAUAAACUGGCGCGUUUUGGGUGGGGGAAAUGGUAACUUUUAGCAGUUAGGGAUUUGUGUGGUUGUGAAGCUCUGUUCUGAAACGUUAGCUUGUUAUCUUAAUGAAAGGAGUUCAAUUCCAUUGCUCUUCUCUA